UCAUUGUUUUAAUUUUCAUUUCCCUGAUGACAUACGAUGUGGAGCAUAUUUUCGUGCAGUUAUUUGAAAUAUGUAUAUCUUCUUUGGUGAAGUAUUUGUUUAGGUCUUUGAGUCAUUUUAUCUUAACUUUUUUUUUUUUUUUGCCUCGUCACACAGCUUGUGAUAUCUUAGUUCCCUGACCAGGGAUUGAACCCAGGCCCCUGGCAGUGCAAGCUCUGAGUCCUAACCACUUGAUCGCCAGGGAAUUCCCCCUUGGGCCAUAUUUUAAUUGAAUUGUUUGUUUUCUUAUUGUUAAGUUUUAAGAGUUCUUUGUAUAAAAUAUACAAAGGAAGGAUGAUAGUGUGUGACUUUUCAAGUAUUUUCUCUCAGUCUUUGGGUUGUCUUCUCAUCUUUGACAUUGCCUUUUGCAGAGCAGAAUUUUUUAAUUUUGAUGAAGUCUAGCUUAUUAAUUAUUUCAUUCAAGGAUCGUGCCUUUUGUGUGUAUCUAAAAAUCUAUCACCAUACCCAAGAUCAUCUAGGUUUUCUCCUAGGUUAUCUUCCAGGAAUUUUAUAGUUUUGCAUAUUACAUUUAGGUCUGUGAUCCAUUUUGAGUUAAUUUUUGUGAAAGAUGUAAAGUCUGUGUCUAGAUUGAUUUUUUGCAUGUGAAUGUCCAGUUGUACCGGCACCAUUUGCCGAAAAGAUUAUCUUUGCUCCAUUGUAUUACCUUGACUCUCUCUCAGAGAUCAGUUGACUAUUCAUGUGGGUCUAUUUCUGGACUCUCUAUUCUGUCCCAUUGAUUUGUCUACAAUUUUGCCAGUACCAUGCUGUCUUCAUCACAGUAGCUUUUUAGAAAGUUUUGAUGUGGGUAGUGUCAGUCCCUCAACUUUGUUCUUUUUCUUCAACAUUGUGUUAGUUAUUCUGGGUCUUUUGCCUCUCCAUGUGAACUUUAGAAUCAGUUUGUCAAUAUCCACAGAAUAGCUUGCUGAGAUUUUGAUUGGAGUUGCAUUGAAUCUGUAGAUAAAGUUGAGAAGAACUGAAACGUUGACAAUACUGAGUCUUCCUUUCUGUGAACAUGGGAUAGAAAUCCUUUUUUUAAAUUCCUUUCCAUCACCCCGAGAUCAGUUACCAAAGAACUGCUCAGUUUUUCUCAAUUUUUCUCUCCCUACUACUACUUAAUUUAGAACUUUAUUUGUUUAGACUACAGGUUUCCCCUAAUGUCUGAAAGUGGGUUGUUCUUGUUUUGUUUUGUUUUUAAAUUUAGGUUGUACCAGGUCUUAGUUGCGGCAUGCUGGCUCCUUAGUUGCGGCCUGUGGGCUCCUUAGUUGCGGCAAGCAGGUUCCUUAGUUGUGGCAUGCAAACUCUUAGUUGCGGCAUGCAUGUGAGAUCUAGUUCCCUGACCAGGGAUCAAACCUGUGCCCCCUGCACUGGGAGCAUGGAGUCAUCCACUGCACCACCAGGGAAGUCCCUGAAAGUAGAGUAUUCUUAUGAAACCUUUUAUAAGCUGAAAUGAUGUAAAGCAAAGAAGCAGUUCCCUUAGGACACGUCUUGCUAACAGAUGCACAAAGUAAAACUAGAUAAAGCACAGAUGCUCACAGACACAGGUUAAAUCUACAGUGGCUUGAUGCUGAGAUGCUGACUGUAAUUCCUGUGGAAGGAGCUUGGCAGUGCCACUCUGGCUAAUUGGGAUGCCUCUGGCUGCCUCUUAGUAGCCUUUAGAAUUUGCUUCUGUUUAUCUCUUCACUCUAAUUCUACAAAAUUACCUCAAAGGUUACUUCCUUCUCUGAUUUGCAAAGAACCUUUUUAACAGAGCUAUAUGUGCUGUCUCUCCCUUGUUUUUGAAAUUACAGUUUCUUUAUUUCUGGAAUGGCUUUCCCAAUACUCCAGUGGUCUUUUUUUCUUUACAGCCCAACCCAAAAUUACCUUCAUGAAUUCUUACUGUGCUUGUAUGUCCUCCUAUUAAUUGUACUCACACAUUAUAUUGAAAUUAUGUUUAUAUUUUGGUCUCGUCUGCUCCAUUAUAAGCAUGAAUUUUAAGGGUUCAUGUGUUAAAUAAAAUUAAUGAGGCACUCAUAUGUUACUGAUAGUAAUGUAACUAUUACAACCUUAAAAGUUUAAAUUAUUUGUACCUUUCAGCCAAACAAUUUCUCUUCUGGGAAUUUUUCCUGAAGAAAUAAGCAGAAAUGUAACCAAAAGUUCAUUAGCAAAGAUGGUCAUUGCAGCUGAAUUUGUAAUAGGAGAAAAUUAUAAAUAAUCUAAACGUCUAACAACAGGGGACUACUUCAGUAUGAAUGGGCUAAUAUACUCUUUUUUUAAAAAAAUAAAUUUAUUUAUUUAUUUAUUUUUGGCUGCGUUGGGUCCUCGUUGCUGCACACGGGCUUUCUCUAGCUGCAGCGAGUGGGGGCCACUACUCCCCACAGUGCGCAGACCUCUCACUGCGGUGGCCUCCCUUUGUUGUGGAGCACGGGCUCUAGGCACACGGUCUUCAGUGGUUGUGGCACGCAGGCUCAGUAGUUGUGGCUCGCGGGCUCAGUAGUUGUGGCACACGGGCUUAGCUGCUCCGCGGCAUGUGGGAUCUUCCCGGACUAGGGCUCAAACCCAUGUCCCAUGCAUUGGCAGGUGGAUUCUUAACCGCUGCACCACCAGGAAAGUCCCAUGGGCUGAUGUACUCUUGAAAAUAAUGAUGAAUAAUAUUUGAUAUUGUGUUCACAACACAACGUGUGUGAAAUUAUGGAGCAGUACAGUUGGAUCCAGUUUUGUGAUCCAAAUUGGCGCAUGGAGAAAGGACUGGAAGAAUGUAGUCCAGAACAAUAGCAGUGAUUGUUCUUUGGUUUUGUAUGUGUUUUCUGGUUUUACAGAUUUUCCAUUUUGUAAUAAGAAAGAUACAUAUUAUUUCUAAAAAACACACUAUUUCUAGAAAGCAGAAGCCUAAGAACAUAGGAAAGGGUGCUAGUUGCAGAAAGAUAAUGAUUAACAUUUGAAUCCGUAUACCAGGCACUAUUCAAAAGCCUGAAAUGUAUUUCACAUCAAAUUCUUAUAAGCCCAUAAGAUACGAAUUGUUGUUACUCCUAUUUUACACGUUAACAAACUGAGACUUAGAAGUGAGGUAACUUGUUCAAGGUCACACAGGAGUAGCCAGGAUGCCCAUUGUUAGAAUGGUAGAUAAAGGAUUUAUUGUAAUUAGGUGGAGGAGAAACUGUGAAUAAAGACCAAAGGAGGGACUUCCCUGGCUGUCCCGUGGUUAAGACUCCGUGCUUCUAAUGCAGGGAGCGCGGCUUGGAUCCCUGGUCGGGGAACUAAGAUCCCACAUGCCACGUGGCAAAAAAAAAGACGAAAGGAAUUUCAUGCUUUUGAUAUCAGCAAUGGUGUGGGUAACAUGCAUAUUAGUGUCCCUAGAGCCUUGGGCCUGGGCUUCUGUUAGAGGAGGCAUGGCCCAGAAUCUAUAACUUUGCAUUCAGGGAGGUUUCUUCAUUAGUGAGAGCUAACUGGGGUCUGGAAAACCUGAUUGUUUCUCUGGGUUAACUUUAACAAUGAUUUCUUGAGGUCUUAUAGAUGAUGUUCUCCAAGCUCUAAGGAAGAAGGCAAGCAAGGAUUGAGGGGCCCUAGAGAGGAGCCUUUCUUAAAUAACAACAAUGACAAGAGAAAAUUGGGCCCACAGUGCUCUGAGACAAGAGGGCCUUGUUAAAGGGAAGGAUGAUACCUGGAAGUGGGGAACCAGCUUCCAAGGGAGCAGCUCCUCUGUUUGGGAGACCUCCCACCUGCACUUUAGACAGUUACGUUACCAUGAGACAUCUGGACCCCAGGAGGCACUGAGCCGGCUCCGGGAGCUCUGUCGCCGGUGGCUGAGGCCAGAAGCACGCACCAAGGCACAGAUCCUUGAGCUGCUGGUGUUGGAGCAGUUCCUGAGCAUCCUGCCCGGAGAGAUACGGACCUGGGUGCAGAUCCAUCGCCCCGGGAGUGGUGAGGAGGCAGUGGCCCUGGUAGAGGAGCUGCAGAAAGACCUCGAUGGACCAGCACUAAAAGUUCCAGUCCUUGUCCAGGAUCAGGACACUCUCCAGGAGGGUCUCAGCACUCCAGGAAUAGCACUUCCUCAUGCACCCACUGGCAGCCACAUAUCAGCUGAAGUUCGCUCAAAUCCUCUUACUGACCCAGUGGUGUUCAACUUGCUCCAAGAUCCUCAACAUGAUUCUCCUGCCCCUGAAGCAUCUGCCCUUUCCCAGGAAGAGAACCCAAGAAAUCAGUUAAUGGCUCUCAUGCUCCUGACAGCCCAGCCCCAGGAAUUGGUGAUGUUUGAGGAGGUAUCAGUAUGCUUCACUUCAGAGGAAUGGGCAUGUCUGGGCCCAAUUCAGAGGGCUUUGUACUGGGAUGUGAUGCUGGAGAAUUAUGGAAAUGUGACUUCCUUAGAGUGGGAAACCAUGACUGAGAAUGAGGAGGUGACAUCAAAGUCAAGCCUAUCUCAAAGAGCAGAUUCUCAGAAAGGAACAUCAAAAAGACUUCAAGGAAGUGUUCCCCAGGUUCUUGACUUUGAGGAGGAGUAUGAAUGGCAAGUUUUAGCAAGUCAGUGGGGAAAUGAAACAAGGGAAAGAGAUAUACUGAAGAAAGUUUCCCUGUGUGAACGAGACAAGAAGAAAAGGACUCCACCAGAAAAACGAGGCCAAAAGUGGAAGGAAUUUGGAGAAAGCUUGACUUCAGAUUCAGCUUUUUCUGAAAGUUUAAUAGGCACUGAAGGAAAGAAGCUUUAUAAAUGUGAUAUAUGUUGUAAACAUUUCAAUAAAAUCUCUCAUCUUAUAAACCAUCGGAGGAUCCACACUGGGGAGAAACCUCAUAAAUGUAAGGAGUGUGGAAAAGGCUUUAUUCAGCGCUCAAGCCUUCUAAUGCAUUUACGGAACCAUUCUGGGGAGAAACCUUAUAAAUGUAAUGAAUGUGGGAAAGCCUUCUCUCAAAGUGCUUACCUUCUAAACCAUCAGAGAAUCCACACUGGGGAGAAACCUUAUAAAUGUAAGGAGUGUGGAAAGGGCUUCUAUAGGCACUCAGGCCUUAUUAUACAUCUAAGGCGCCAUUCUGGGGAGAGACCUUAUAAAUGUAAUGAGUGUGGCAAAGUUUUCUCUCAGAAUGCUUACCUCAUUGAUCACCAGAGGCUCCACAAAGGAGAAGAACCUUAUAAAUGUAACAAGUGUCAGAAAGCUUUCAUUCUGAAGAAGAGCCUCAUUCUGCACCAGAGAAUCCACUCCGGGGAAAAACCCUAUAAAUGUGACGAAUGUGGAAAAACCUUUGCCCAGACCACUUACCUUGUUGACCAUCAGCGGCUCCACAGUACAGAGAACCCAUAUAAAUGUAAAGAAUGUGGAAAAGUUUUCAUUCGAAGCAAAAGCCUCCUCUUACACCAGAGAGUUCACACAGAAAAGAAGACCUUUAGUUGUAAAAAAUGUGGGAAGAUUUUCACUUCUAAGUCAAGCCUAAUUGACCAUAAGAGGAUGCAUAGCAGAGAGAAGCCUUAUAAAUGUACUGAAUGUGGGAAAGCCUUUACUCAGAGUGCUUACCUUUUUGACCAUCAGAGACUCCACAAUGGGGAGAAGCCCUACGAAUGUAAUGAAUGUGGGAAAGUUUUCAUUCUGAAAAAGAGCCUCAUUUUACAUCAAAGGUUCCACACAGGAGAGAAUCUCUAUGAAUGUAAAGACUGUGGCAAGGUCUUUGGUUCUAACAGAAACCUCAUUGACCACGAGAGACUCCACAAUGGGGAAAAGCCCUAUGAAUGUCGAGAGUGUGGAAAAACCUUCAUUAUGAGCAAGAGUUUCAUGGUCCAUCAGAAGCUCCAUACACAGGAGAAAGCCUACAAAUGUGAGGAUUGUGGGAAGGCUUUCAGUUACAAUUCAAGCCUGCUCGUACAUCGGAGAAUCCACACCGGGGAAAAGCCCUUUGAAUGCAGUGAAUGUGGUAGAGCUUUCAGCUCUAACAGAAACCUCAUUGAACAUAAGAGAAUCCACAGUGGUGAGAAACCCUAUGAGUGUAAUGAGUGUGGCAAAUGCUUCAUUCUGAAGAAAAGCCUCAUUGGCCAUCAGAGGAUUCACACAAGGGAAAAGUCUUAUAAAUGUAAUGACUGUGGGAAAGUCUUCAGUUACCGCUCUAACCUUAUAGCCCAUCAGAGAAUCCACACUGGUGAGAAGCCCUAUGCAUGUAAUGAGUGUGGGAAGGGCUUUACUUACAACAGAAAUCUUAUUGAACAUCAAAGAAUUCACAGUGGGGAAAAAACCUAUGAAUGUCAUAUAUGUAGGAAAGUCCUUACCUCUAGCAGAAAUCUUAUGGUACAUCAAAGAAUCCAUACUGGAGAGAAACCUUAUAAAUGUAAUGAGUGUGGAAAAGACUUCAGUCAGAAUAAAAACCUUGUUGUACAUCAGAGAAUGCACACUGGGGAAAAACCAUAUGAGUGUGAAAAGUGUAGAAAAUCUUUUACUUCUAAGAGGAAUUUAGUUGGCCAUCAGAGAAUCCACACAGGGGAGAAACCAUAUGGGUGUAAUGAUUGUAGUAAAGUUUUUAGGCAAAGAAAAAACCUUACUGUACAUCAGAAAAUUCAUACAGAUGAAAAAAACUGUGAAUGUGAUGAGUCUGAGAAAGAAUUCUCUCAGACUUCAGACCUUCAUCUUCAACAAAAAAUCCAUUCUGUAGAGGAAUUCUCUUGGCUCCAAAAUGCCAAUGAGUCCAAGACAGAGAUUCAGAAAAUCUAGUAUCAUGUGUCAAAUGGAAUAGAAUCCCUGCCUACUUAAGUAACUGUUGGAUAAAUGGCAGCAUGUGGUUUUUAUAAGGAAAAAAAAUCAUGAUCACCCUUAGACAAGUAUGUUGCAUGAGGAAGAAAGUUAAUCUAGACUUUCAAGACUACAAAAACAUAAGCCAAAUUCUAGUUAAAUACUCUGUCCCAAACCAUUUGUUAUGAACCUAGAAAAGGACCUUGGAGCGAUCAGAGAUUCUGAAGAAAUUGGGUUAUGUUUUAUAAGAUGUAGGUGUCAUUGUAAAUGACAGCAAAAAUAUUUUGGUAUUAAAAAGUGUACAUUUUUGAAAAGGUAUAUACACGUUGUACAUUUUAAAGAUAGUAUUAACUGCUAGAGAAAGUUUCUACAGACAGUAUGAUUAAGACAUAUCAAACAUGGAGUUGGGUGGGCAAGAGUCUGCUGUUUGAGGACAACUUAAGUACACUGGAUUUGGAAUCAGAAAACCUAGGUUUGGGUCCUGGCUCUUUCUCUUACUAGCUCUGUGAUGUUAUUAAGUCAGCCUCUAAGUCUCAGUUUCUCUGUCAGUCAGAUAUUGGUAUAAUGCCUGCUUCAUAGCGUUGUUGUGAGCAUUCAGUAAAAGGAUCACGUGAAAGUACUUUAUGAAACAAUGUAGUUGUCAAAGUUGGAUAAAAGAGGUAAUGGUCAAAGUCUAGAACAUGGCAUAAUGUAAUGUUUGUUCAUUAAGUUAAUAUUAGGACUUCAUGCACCUCCAAAGAUUCAUUUUUAUAGUAAGAGGAAGUAUGGUGGAUAGCUAACUUUGGAAUUUUGUACUUUAAAAAGACCUUUUUAAAACAGCUUUUUAGAUGUCUAAGGGAGAUAAUAGAUAAUAUAUUAGUUUGUUUUUAUGGAAAAAAUAUUGGCUUAUUAAAUAGUAUGUCCAGCUAUUAGUAUGAUGCCAAGAAAAACUAUUUUUCAAUCUUUGGAUUUUAAAACUAGCGGACGUAGUGUCAAAAUGGAAGGACAGUCCUAUGUUGCUUUACUUGUCGACAGGAAAAAAUCCUUAACCCCAACCCUUGAGCCGAUUAUCCCUGCUACUGUCAUUCUGAAUUCUAAUCAGCAUUUCAUUAUUACUGACAUACAAAUAGCUUGUUACUUAAGAAACAACAUUCUGUCCCAGCACUCAACUUACUACGUAAGUUGUUUUACACAGAGCCAAGCCCUUCAAAGCUCUGAUUAAACCAAUUCAGAAUCCACCUCUGAGUGGUCAGGCCCAUUUACUCCCAGUGAACCAAUCAUUCAUUCAGUCUGUACCCUUUUGUACAUUUGUAAAUUUAUUUCUUCCUGUAUUCUUUAUUUGAUAAUUUUAUGUUGUAAUUCUCAGAACUCCAGUUCUGUCACUGGAGUAUAAAUACCUUAAUAUUAGGAUUGUGUUUUCUAAUACUAGCAGCAUUGAAGUGGUGUGUUGAUUAUAAUAAGUGUUAUUAAUUCAACCCCAAAGUCCCUUGAGGGCUGGUUCCUCAUUAGACUGAAAGGACCAAGAGUGAAAACUGGAAGGGGUCCAGGUUAAAAGUCUGAAGACCCUAUGAGUCAGAUUCUGCCACUCUUCCUUGGACAAAUGCCUUCAUUUCUUGGAGCCUUGAUUUCCUUAUCUGUUGAACAGAAGGAAGAAUAUCUACCUCACCAAGUUGUUAUGAGGUAAUGAAUAUGAAGAUGCUUUAUGUCCAUACAGAAGAAUCACCCCGGAUUAUGUAAUAAUUACACAGGGAAAGAUGUACUUUAACAAUGAAGAGAGCUGGCAUUUACCUCUUAAUCAGUUUAACAAAAUGUAACAUUGCUAAGACUGAGACAACUCACAUAAUGUGCCUCCGCAUGUAAUGCAAUAAAGCCAAAAAAGUAUAACCUGAAUUUAUCAAGCUUCUUAGACCUGAUUGCCAGUUUACAGGAAACACAGGAGGCAGAGGAACAAGAUAAAAGACACCAUGAGAAACAAGUUUAAAACGUGGGAUAUUGUGUAAGAAAACUACUGGGAGAAUCCCCUGGUGGUCCAGUGGUUAGGACUCCGUGCUUUCAUUGCUGAGGGCGCAGGUUUGAUCUCUGGUCGGGGAACUAAGACCCACAAGCCAAGCGGCACGGCCAAAAAAGAAAAAAAACAAAAAAAAACUGGAUUCUUCAAAAAGAUACAAUGAAAAAGGGAAGGGUGAUAAUUGUUGAUGCUGGGUGAAUAUUGAGAGUUCAUUGUACUGCUUUUGUAUAUGUAUGAAAUUUUCCAUAAUGAAAGGUAUAAAAAGUGGAGGGGAGGGUUGUUUUUAAAAGAUACUAAAGAGCCAUAAGAUACUGAGCCAGGAAUAGACUCACAGAUGCCCAAUAGAUUUUUGACAGGUGCAAAAGCAAUUCAGUAGAGGAGAGAUAGCCUUUCAACAAAUGCUGCUGCAGCAAUUGGAUAGUCAUAGGCAAAAAAUAAAAAUCACAGCAGGAACUAAGACUAAGCAGAGAAUUCUUAGACAUAUCAAAAGCAUGCUCCAUAAAAGGAAAAAAAUGAUAAAUUGAACCUCGUCAAAAUUAAAAUAAUUUUCUCUCCAAAAGACUCUUUAAAGAGGAUGAAAAAGCAUUACAGACUGGGAGAAAAUAUUUGCAAAUCAUAUAUCCAACACAGGAUUUGUAUCUAGACUAAAGAAUUCUCAAAACUUAGCAGUAAUAAAUAGAUCCAAUUAGAAAACGGGCAAAAGACAUGAACAGAUACUUAUGGCAAAUGAAAAGACAUUCAACAUCAUUAGCCAUUAGGGAAAUGCAAGUUAAAAAUCUGCACAGCUAUCAGAGUAGCUUUUUAAAAAAAGUUUUAACACCAAAUGCUGGCAAGGAUGCAAAGGAACUGAAUCUUUUACAUUGCCAGGAAUGAGAAAUAUUACAGCCACUCUGGGGAAUAAUUUGGCAGUUUCGUAUAAAACCAAACAUGCACUUGCCAUAUACCCGGUAUUUGCACUCCUGAGCAUUUAUCCCAGAGAAGUGAAAACUCGUGUUCACAAAAAAACCUGUAUGUGACUGUUAAAAGCAGUUUUAUUUGUAAUAAUCAAAAUCUGUAACCCAAAUAUCCUUCAACAGGUGGUUAAAACAAACUGCAGUAUAUCUAUACCAUGUAAUACUACUCUGCAAUAAAAUGGAAUGACCUAUUGA